CACCCCCCACCCCCGUGUCUACAUUUCCAUCCCAUGGCCGUCUCUAGGUGAUGUAGCGCCGCCAGUCUCAAGCAGGUAUCCAACAUGGCGAUCACGGGGAGCGGAUCUCUCGCUAUUUCUUUCUCUGUUUUCGUGAUUUCAGUGGCGUUUCUUCAGAAAGGAGCUGCUGAAAUCGUGACAGUCGACAGUCAGAACCUGGCGACUGACAACGUGUCGGUGAUCGAGGGGGAAACGGCUACCAUCAGCUGCAGAGUGAAGAACAACGACGACUCCGUCAUCCAGCUCCUUAACCCCAACCGACAAACCAUCUACUUUAGAGAUGUUAGACCUCUCAAGGACAGCCGGUUCCAGCUGGUGAACUUCACUGACAACGAACUCUGGGUGUCUCUGUCCAAUGUGUCGCUCUCCGAUGAGGGACGCUACGUGUGCCAGCUCUACACAGAUCCUCCUCAAGAAGCCUACGCAGACAUCACUGUCCUGGUCCCGCCAGGGAGCCCAGUCAUCGAGAGCCGGGAGGAUGUGGUCAGCGAGGGGAACGAGACGGAGCUCACCUGCAUCGCCAUGGGCAGCAAGCCAGCCGCUUCCAUCAGAUGGAUGAAGGGGGAGGAAGAACUGACAGGUGAGACAACCGCUGAGGAGAUGUACGACAGGAUGUUUACCGUCACCAGCCGGGUGAGGUUUUCUGUCACCAAAGAGGAUGAUGGAGUGCCAGUCGACUGCAUCAUUGACCACCCAGCUGCAAAGGACCUUCUGGCUCAAAGACACUUGGAAGUUCUCUAUAAACCAGAGGUGAAGAUUGUGGUGACAUAUCCUGAAGGUUUAACAAGAGAGGGCGACAAUCUAGAUUUGACAUGCAUCGCUGAAGGGAAGCCACGUCCCCAUCAGAUCAAAUGGCUGAGAGUAGACGAGGAUGUGCCGCUGCACACCGUGGUCACUGGUUCUGAGCUCUACAUCGAGAACCUGAACAAGUCGUAUAAUGGCACCUAUCGCUGUGUGGCUUCUAACGCUGUGGGAGAGGCCUACGAUGACUAUGUCCUCUAUGUUUAUGAUGCUCCCACUACUAUCCCCACACCCACCACCAACCCAGUCAGCACGCAAGACCCCAGAGCCGGAGAGGGAACACCACCAAAGAUUGACCAUGCUGUUAUUGGGGGAGUGGUUGCUGUUGUGAUGUUUGCGAUCCUUUGUGCGCUCAUAGUUCUUGGUCGAUACUUCGCCAGACACAAAGGAACUUACUUCACACAUGAAGCCAAAGGAGCAGACGAUGCAGCUGAUGCAGACACGGCGAUCAUUAAUGCAGAAGGUGGACACAACAACUCAGACGAGAAGAAGGAGUAUUACAUCUAAACUGGAGAGAAGGAUGGGAGGGGGUGGCGCUGUGGGAGGAUUGUGUCCAACUCUGACUGGUGACGAGACAGCUCGGGUUAGAGGGUGGAAGGAAAAAGUCGGAAAGUAGGACUGGCAUGGCCACGCGGUGAGAAGAGGUGUUGCUUAGUCUCCUAUCUGACCUGCCCUGGACUGCUGGGUCCUAUUCUGUACAGUUUAAUUGUUUUACAGAAAAUUUUGUGCCUUGUUCUAUUUUUUUUUUUUUUUGUUGGUUUUGUUGUUUUAUUUUUUCUUUCCCAUGCUUGUCUGGUUGAAUUUUUCUCCUUGAUCUUUUGUUGCUUUUGGCUUUCAGAGGAGAUAAGAUGGGUCUGGUGUUUUGUCUGUUUGUGCUGCAGUUAGCUUUUAGCUCAUGUUACCAGAUCUGAGAAGCCAGUUCAUGCACAUUUCUCUCCCUCUUUCUUUCUUUCUUUAUUUAUUUUUUUGUUUUGGGAUCUCCAGAGUUUAGUAAACGAAACACAGUGUCAACUCAUGUCUCCCUGCUGGGUCCAAGUCCUGUGGUGCCUGCAAGUUCAUCACAUUUAAAUGCAGGUCUGAUUGGUUUCGACGAAUCCCUGCUCCGACGGCACACGGUCUCUUCAAACUCAUGUUCAACGUUGAUUACUUAUGUAACCGCUUUGAGUAAUCAUGCCUAUCUUAGAAUGUAUUCGCUCAUAAAACUGAAACAGGAGUUGUGUUAUAUGUGCUCUAACCAGGCCACAAGCUGCAGCUGACCCUUUAGUGAUUUCAAGCCCUGACUUUUACAGCCAGAACUCCUCUGGGACCAGGUUCAUAAAGUUUCCUCCAUGAUGCUUUAAAUCACAUCAGAAUCUGAUCGCUUUAUUAGCCUGACUGCACGAGUCAAACUCAACAGGCAAGUCGUACAUAUUUCCAUUGUAAAAAUGACUCUUUUUAAUCCAAAUUCAGUGAUUAUUUCUACAGGCUCUAUUUAUUGAAAAAUAAAUGUGCAUGGUGCCAUUAAACAUUUAGUUUAUUUGAUGAACAAUUCUCUGCAUCUAACCUGGUACUGCUGGUUUUGUCAGUGUUGCGGAGUGUGCUAAUGUUUUAUUUUGAAACGUCAAUAUUUGGUGUCUUUUUCUGCCGUUGAUUUCCUCUCUGGCUUAUUCUUUACCGUCUCUGUGAGUAGAUUACACAGCAGCACAUCUGGUUUAAUAACACCCUCCGAAUGCCCACGAUAGACUUAGGCAGCUGCAUCUGCACUCAGUUUGAUUUUGCAAAUCAGAGCUGUUUAGUAUUUCAAAUAAUCAUUUACAGGUAAUUAUGAAAAAGUAUUGGAACGUGUUUUUGCUUCUUUUGCUAACAAAUCAAUCCUGUUGUAAUAGCUGGAAUCUACGUCCGAUUUAAUGCAUCUGUAAAAGUUAUAGGUAACAGCUACUUAGCAUUACGACUGAAGGAAGAGACUUAUUCAAAAAGGACCUUUAUUGGCACAUGGAAUUUUACAUAUGAACAGAAUCAGAGUCACUGUGUCCUGUUUCCCUUUAAAGACAGUCUGUCAGAAUAGUCAGAUUAUAUUAUGACGCCAAAAAAGAGGCAGUUGGUUCACUGACCAUAAAUCCAUUUAGAUGGUCAACUUUUGGACCAAAUGUAAGGAGCAUUUGAGUGUAAAUAUUUAGUAAAUAUUACUUGAACAAUGCUAGGUUUCACAGGUCCAAACUCAAAUGUUUAAAGGUGUGGAAAACGUGUUUAAUCAAUACAUUUGCAGUGGUCUCUAGUAAAGAUAAAUGCCUUGUAAGUCGUACUCGGGGGUGUGGGAGUGCCCAGAAGUGCGUUUCAGCUUGGAGAAGAGAGUAGCAUUAGAAAAGGAUUUGUAGUCUUGUUCUCUAAUAUUUUGACAUCUCGUCUUUGAUUGGAUAACAGCAACAUGGCUCUACCACUGACUCUGCUUCACAAUGUCGAUGUUUCAUCUCCACCAAUAACACAGGCCUGGAAGGGUUGUUCAAUGUUGUUGAGUUGCUAAUGCUAACAGUUAGCUUCUACUAGCCUACACAUUCUCUGUUUCCUGGAUGCUAAACCAACAACAGCAUUCUCUGUCAUGGGUCAAGAUGAGUGAGUCCAUGAAUAUUAAGUGAGAGUGUGACGUAGCUCUGUCAGGAUUUUUAAAUCCUAGAGAUUCACCGUCCGUUUUCUGUCAGAAGCUAACACAGAAGAUAGGUGUAGGAGACUAUUUUCAUGUUCAACUUGAAUGAAAAAAUCAGAGUGGCUGAUUAUAAUCAGAAAUAAUAAAGAAUGUUUUUCAGUGUUCCACACCUUUAACACAAUUUUUAUCUGAUUAUCUAAUUAUUCAGCUCAAAAAUGUUAACCAAACCUGUUUUACCGUAAAUCCUCUAAUACAGGCCGGUAUUCAAUUAAAGGCCGGGUCUCCAAUUCUGGCCGGUGUCUGAGUCAGCGGAGGCAAAUAAUGGCCGGUCUCUUGGGUGGAAUGUGGUAACAAGCAAGUACGAGCGUCCCAGCGGCAGGGUUAUAGUCCCCAAAUCAACCAGCAGGAGGCAGUAGAAGUUCACGCAGACCUUUCUUAGGCCUUUUCUUCAAGGCUUUGUAACGCUACAGACACGAUCCUCUAUCACGCUCCUACCACACAGAGUCACGGUGUCAGUUAACCAUGCUAAUUCAACCCGCUCCACAGAACACACAUCACCUUCACUGUGGCUUACACAACACUCACACAACACGCAAAUCAGCACAUAGGAACUAGCAGAACGAUAGGAAACACAUAUAACACAAUACCCAGAAUGCACCUGGCUUACAACCCCAGCCAGGUCAUUACACUAUCAAGUUCAAAGAGAACGUGCUGAUUAUGCUGCAGAACACUCUGGGGAGCAGCAGUAGGGGGUGUAUGAACUACAGCAAUCCCUCGUUUAUCGCGGUAGAUGCGUUCCAGACCUGGCCGCGAUAGGUGAAAAUCCGCGAAGUAGGGACUCCCAGCAUGCCCCUCGCGGGGAUUCCCUUCACGUCGCACCUACGUCACAAACCGUGGCUAUAAACGGAAGUCGCCUUUCCAGCUCACCACUCAGUCAUCGUUUCUUCAGAUUCACGAUCAGAGUUUCCAACCUACCGAUCAAUCCAACGAACUAUCAGCUCAUAGUAAGUUAUCUUACUUACUUCUGGAAAGCCCGGCAUUUCCGUGUCACUUUGUUGACGCUCGAACGCUCGGGGGUUUCCUAGAGCACCGACGCUAUCACUUCCGCGUCUGUGAAACCACGCUCCCUAUUGAAUUAUCGUAUGAUCAGAUUCUCUUUUUGGGGGUAAAACUCAAGUGCCAGACCGUAGGUACUGACACGCGAUCGUUCAUGUCGGUUCAUUUCCUUUAAUGUUUUCUGUCUUUUAUUUGCGCCUGAUGUGUAUCGCUGCUGUGGAGCGGGGCGCAUCAACUUGUCCUCCGACACACAGAUCACAGCAGGGAGCGCUCAGCUGUUUUCGCGGUCGGUAGAUCUGCCUCCUGAGCACGGCCACAGUAACAAUCAGGUGUCGCCACCUCAAAAACUAAUUUAACACGCGAUCGUUCAUGUCAGUUCAUUUCCUUUAAUGUUUUCUGUCUUUUAUUUGCGCCUGAUGUGUUUCGCUGCAUGCUGUGGAGCGGGACGCUGCGCUUAUCACCUUGUCCUCCGACGCACUGAUCACUGAUACAGCCGCCAAACAGCAAGCGCUCCGCUGUUUUUGCGGUCGGUAGAUCUUUUAGAACUGCAGUUCAAAGGUAACUCAUGAGGUGAAUAUAUAUGAACCCAGGUAGCAGUUUUUCUUUAGGAUUGAGAGGAGAUGCAGGAAGAUAAUAAACAGACAGGACAGAAAAAUAGUCAAAUAAAAACAAGUUAGUUUUUGUACCUGCUGUUGCAACAAACAGACACCAUUGAAGGUAAUCAGAAGUGAGGAACAGAAAAUGAAUUAAUUAUUUUAAUGUUUAGAGCAGCAGGAACUCCGAGAGGCUGCAGGCGCAUCAGUGAGUUUGCGGUGCUGCGCAGGGGGAGGGGGGAGAGGGCUGAAGCAGGAACUACCGUUGUUAAAAGAAAUGUGUUUAACUUUGAAAAUGUGGGCGCACUUUUAAUUGUCAAAAACUCCAGCGAACCAUUAGUUCAUUUUGCUCAAAUAGAAAUAGAGGCCUGCCUCUAAUACUGGCCCUCCUUCCAAUAAAGGCCUGGAGCUUGAUGAGCUUGAGUCAAAUACAGGCCCGGGCCUGUAUUAGAGGAUUUACGGUAAUUGUUUUUCUAGACUUAACUUUGUGUUGUGCCCAUGAGACGCUACUAGAUUACUUUUAUUCAUGUAUAAAGUAUCAAUAACAAAUUUACAGAUGGCUCAGAAGAUUUUUUUCUUUUAAUAUUAAUUUUUUUUAUGCCCUCGCCUGUAUAUAAGGUUAAAAAAUUCAGUCACAGCAAAUCUCUUCAAACAUUCCAUCUUAGGGCCAGCUUUGAAUUUCUCUAAGGUCAAAAGAGAAAUCUAAAAUAUCUGUAUACAAUUUAAGAAUUCAGCUCUCUCUCUCUCUCUCAUGUCGCAGCUUCAAACCUUCACAAUAAAGCUAUUUGGUGCUGCUAAUUUCUCUUUCUCCACCGACCCAAAUGGACGACGUGAAUUCUUGACUCAUAGCUCAGAUAAAAAAAUUAAAUAAAAACUUCUUGGUAAUUUGCAAGAGAAUAUAUACCGUAGAUAUAUUUACCAAUACAAUUAGAAAAUCAUAAAAAUAAAAAAAACAUACCUGGACUGGUAAAUAGAAAAUGGGUAGCCACUGCCUUAAAAUGUUGAUACUUAAAAAGGGGGAAAACAUGAAGGACGUAGUUUUAGUGCCUUCUACAAUCUUUGAGGCAUAUGGUUAGACUCCAACAGUAUAUCUUGUACAUAUGUCUGGUCUUUCAGGCCAAUAAUCAGCCAAGUUGUCUGUAAUCAAACACCCAUAGACUUACAUACCAGGUAGGAUCUCCUAAAUAUAGACAAUAUUUAGCUCAGUCUCAAAGGAGGGGAUUUCUUUGUCUAUUCAGGGAGGUGUUUGCCACAACUCAGUUGAGACAAAAAAAAUAGUUUGGCUGGAAUUUUGGUAACACUUUAUAACAAGGGUCCCUUUAUUAAUGUUACUUAAUCAUUAUUAAGAAUUAAUAAACUAUUGAGUACAGUAUUAGCAAUUGCAUGAUGCAUAACUAAGCAAAUACCCCCUCGGCCCAUUUUCCUAACCUUAAGGACACUUAGGAACGUUAAUAAAGGGACUCUAUUAAGCUUUGAUUAAUAAUGCAACAAUUAAUGUUUAAAAAUGUAAAGUGUUACCAGAAUUUAUUUUCCUAACCAGAUUCACAGCAUUUGAUUUUUAUUAGGAUAUUUCCAGGGUAAGGCUAUAAUACAGCGAUUACGGCUAUAAUAUUAAUAACCUAGAAAUUUUUUUUUUAUUUAAGUGAGGAUUGUAGAAAUAUGCUGUCAUGGAAAUAACAAUAAGCAUGACAACUAUUCUGGGCUUUGAUAUUCAUAUUUUCAUAUUUAAAAAAGGUAAUUAAUGCUUUUAAUGGUUUCUCCUAAAAAAUGUUUCAAAAAAUGGACAAUUUUUGUUUUUGGGGCGGGGUGGGGGGACAUAUUUAGUAUGUUUUUUUUUCUUUGCUCUCUCAGGUUUAUGAGUGUUAAUAGUUGUGUUUUUUUGCAUCUCAGGUAGAAUGCAAACUUUAAGCCCCGAGUAUAUAUUGUAGAUCCACAGCUAACUAAAAAGAAAUCACAAGGUGUACAUGGUUUUUCCUCUCAGUUGUACAUGUUUCUGUGUUUAAUAUGGUGCACUGUUAACAGUAAAUGUUAAUUAUUUUGCAUAGAACUAGUUCACAAAGACAACUAGAUUUGUUAAGCAGACGAAACCGAUGUACAGUCAGUGUUAACGAAAUCACUACGAUGUUGAUGAAACGUCUUCUUCCACAGUCACAUCUCGCUCAUACGGUAUUGGUUAUUUAGUAAUUAUUAUAGGAUGUGAUCACAGCCAGUCAGUCCAGUUCGCAUUCCACUGACCCACACAUUACUUUCCAUAAUCGAAGAUGGUGUAUUUACUGUGACAUGAAGUUUAUUGAAUGAUCUGUAACUUCUUGGAUAUUUGGAUUCAAUUUAAUUUCCCUUUAGGGUGGGAGGGUGAGAGGCAGGGACGGGGGAAGCCUUUGGGUUUUUUUGGAUCUUAAGGACUUUUCCGGUGACAUUUUAUUUCUUUGUGUAGUGAAGAGGAUGUUUCUCACAUGACCAUACAUAUUUUGUAUUGGUUCGCACCAACAUUUUUACAAAAGGAAAAAAAAAUCAGAAGAGUACUUGUCUUAAUAAAAAGAUAUCAAUGUUUAAA